AUGAGCCAACAAACACUUGGAUCUUGUAUUCGAUGUCUUGAAAGUUCACGUGUACCAAAACAUUGCAUUGUUGCUGUUGGAAUAAAUACUUACUUGGCCAUAGCAGAAUGGGAAGGGCUUUCGGAUCAACAUCUACUAAUUCUUCCGGCAAUGCAUGCAUCUUCGACAAUUCAACUUGACGAAAAUGUCUGGGAUGAAAUGAGAAUAUGGCGCAAAGGGCUUGUCGCUAUGUGGAAGGAGCAAGAUCAAGACUGUAUCUUUUUGGAGACGGCACAUGAUGUGAAGAGUAAUCCACAUUGUUACAUUGAGGCCUUUCCUAUACCAAUCGAGGCUGGCGAAUCGGCACCCAUUUAUUUUCAUAAAGCGAUAAACGAAAGUGAAAGCGAAUGGGCAGACAACAAAAAAUUGAUUGAGACAAAAGAUUUGCGUCGACAAAUUCCUCGUGGUUUCGAUUAUUUUGCUGUUGAUUUUGGGCUUCAGAAUGGGUACGCUCACGUAAUAGAAGAUCGAAAUGCCUUUCCAACUAACUUUGGCCACGAAAUAAUCGGAGGAAUUCUCGAUUUGCCGCCAAAAUCAUGGAGAAGUCGAACUCCAAUGUCGUUCACCGAACAAAAGAAAAGAUGCGAUACUAUAAAGCAAUUUUGGGAGAAGUUUGAUUGGACUAAACGAAUCAAUGCGGAAAAA